ACAUCAAUCGAUUUACGACGGUUUGACCUUCAAGAGCUCAGUAACCUUCGUCAACGGACGAUAUCACUGGAUUGUUGCCUUGAGUCGGCUGCUAGAUCUGUACAACUAGAUUCCCUGUGAUUUAGUGCUUAAGCAACAAUUGCCUACUUGAUAAGUUUUAGUUAAUAAUCAGAAGUUUAACCGAUAUAUAGUUAUCGAAAAUAUUCCUCUCGCUCCAAAUAACACCCUGGAGUUUUUUCUGUUAUGUUUACUGAUCAACUCUUGGAACAGUUAACUUUUGGCUGCCAAACUUUAUUUUUGAGAAAAACAUUAACCUAAGUAUUUGAUCCAUAAAACUUCUCAAUGUCCAUCAAGGAAGGUUAUCUGAAAAAGUGGUCAGAUCGUAAAAAUUGGCACAAUGUGUACUGUAAGCUGUUAAAUAAUGGUUGGUUUCAAUGGUUUGAUGAUGCAUCUUCCACCUCACCCAAACGAAGUGUUGAAAUUAGACGUGUAGCAUCGUUUCUAGCGUUUGGAGAACCUUUUCACCGUGUUCCAUGCAACCCGACCUCAUUAACAGCUUCAGAAAUUCCUUUGGCUUUCGGUGUUCUCUACGGACCUCAUAUGGGGACUCAAAUGGCUUGGUUUGCCUGUCCGGAUCAAGCAACAUUGAGCUCAUGGACAAAUGCGUUAAUUUCAUUGUUUCAGCAAACUUCAACACUUCCAUCUGCCCCUCCACCAUAUCAACCUUCACCGGCACCAGCUCUACCUACAGGAUCAAUCGGUUUUGGAAUGCCUGAUCCAACUGCUUAUGGUGGAAAUCCUGGCGGUUAUGGGCCUCCUCCCCCGAUUAGUCAACCCAAUUAUGGAUACCCAACUAAUAAUUAUGUUCCACCAACAGUACCCCCUGCACGAUCACCAGCACCAGGUGCUUAUGUGCCUGGGACAAGUUCUUAUAGUGGCUAUCAACCACGUCCACAAGAUCCACAAAGUCAAUAUUUUGUCGGGCAAAAUGGUCAACCAUAUCAAGUGGUCUAUGUAGAUGGUAAACCGAAAAAGAAGAAAUGUAAAGGAUUGAAAAAUGCAGCAGUUGGUCUCGCUUCAGGAGUAGCUGGUGGUUAUUUGGCAAGUCGUCUAUUUGGUGGUUGGGGUGGUGGAUUUAUGGGUCCAAGAUGUGGCAGUUGGAGUUCAUUGUCUAGUCUCAGUUGGUCUGAUUAAAUUUAACUCUAUAUGACUGCACCUCUCCCCUUCUAUAUAUAUAUAUAUGAUGAAGUUUUAUCGCUCUUUACCUGUAAUAUCGACAACCAUGAAUUCAAUUCAUUAAUGCAUAAUUCUAUUGGAACUUAGAUGAUGAAAAAUCUACUUUCAUUAUGUAUGUAUUUAAAGAGGAUACAAAGUUUCUUGUGUACUUGUUUAUUUUACUUAUUUAUUUAUAUAAUCAGUCAUUCAUUCACUUUAAUCAUCAUCACCUCUCCCUCCCCCACCACCUCUCUAUUUCAUUCCCAUUCGCAUGUGUUGGGAGAUUGAUUUCUAUGUUUAAUUUAAAGAUUAUGCUUUUAAUAGAUCCCGUUAGUAACUAGAUUAUUAUUAUUAUUAUGAAUAAUGGUAUAUUCAUUCAAGAUUUCACUUCAUCUUCAGUAAGUUACAUCAUUUCUGUUUGUAUAUUUUAUUAAAAUACUUUUGUUUUUCUUAUUUGUCAUUCAAUUCAAAGUUUUUCCUAAUUAUUGUUUAUGUUUGUUUUGUUUUGAUUCUCCUUGUUCAUUGAUACAAUUUUAAUGUUUGUGAGUUAAUAUAAUUAGAAGAUGAAUACAUUGUAAUGUCAUUAGAUUAUUUUUGUUGUAUUAAUUAUUUUAAUUGGAUCAUUGACUAUAAUUCUAAUCUAGUUUAUAAAGUGAAACUAUAAUCUUUGAAUGAUAAUUGAGAAGAAAGUUAAGGGGGGGGGGGGUCAAGUCAAAAUCUGGCCAUCAUUCCAUAAAGUAAUACUUAUAACUUGUGACCUCUGUGCCCUGUUAAUGUAUAACCUAAUGAUACCGCCAUUUAGAGAGAGCAAUAAAUUAUCGAUCGGACUAAUGACGCCUAAAACUCGUACGAGUAGUCUAGAGUUCAUAUUGGCCCUGCUUCGUGCCUAGCCCAUCCAGUUAUGUCCAAAAACACUAAUCUCAGCAAUCUCUGCAAUAUAAAUCAUGUAUUUCAAACAUACUUAGUUUAUAUACACCAGCCAAACAGACCAAAUCGUACCAAUAAAAUAGAAAAUACACAUUUGUAUAAUAUUUGGCCAACAGGAAAAUCGCACACCAUUUCACAUUCAAGAAUAGCAUUAGACUUAACAGAAUUAUUCUUAGGAUAUUUUUUUAUGAAUAUUCCAACAAGAUAAAGAAGAGAAAUAGUUUAUGAAUGAACAGCUUAAAUAAAUGAUUUUAUCCAAACAAAAGAAAAAAAGUAUUCUUUGCUAAAUUCACUUUACCCCUAGUUAUGUUCAUUGAUUAAAGUCUAGAAAUACUAUUUACAAUUAAAUGAAAUAGACCUAGAAUAGUAAACAUUAUAAGUAGAAUUCUAAUCUGGUGAAUUGUGAACACAUGAAUAUCGAUUACAGAUCUAUCUGACUAUUAUUGAUUACUUCAUAUGUAUAUGAGACUUUCUUUUAAUUGUUGAAAUGUUUACUGUUAUUAGUACCCUUUCUCAUACAAUUAAGUUUGUUUACGGUUAAAAAUUUUUUUUUUUGUCAAACACUUCAAUGAACAUAUUCAUCUAUUAUUUUGUAUGAUCAUAUGUACUUGAAAAUAUGUGAAAACCGACGCAUAUUAUCUCUUUUUCUAGCUUAAAUAGUUUAGUCGUUUAAAUAUCGCUGGAUAAGUCAUUCGCUUUCCUACAUAUAUAUAUGCUUUAAUCUUAUUAAUUACUUUGUCUGAAUCCGAUUUGACUCUGAAUCCACUUGCUCACAUGAAUUAGUUUUCUUGAUCAAAUUCCUUUGGUUGUGCUUAUAGUUUCGUGUUCUGAAAGAUACAGGAAUAAACUGUGGUCAGUGCAUCGUGUAUUGCCUUUGAAUUUAUUAAAUAACGAUUCUCAGGGUAAUUAAUAUAUGAAGCAUAAGGAAUUAUCUUAAAGUCAAGUCAUUGUAUUAUCUCUUACUUCGAUAGGCAUUGAAUUCAGCUAACAUAGUGGUGUCCAAUUCAAUGCAAUAUCUAACAUAGGAUCUAUUCUUACAUGUAAGAGAUGCGAUUCUUCCCCUUGAAAAGCAAAAUGUCGCUUCACAAUUGGGUUGCAUCUGCACCUGAGUUAAUGAUAGGCAGUGAAGUAGUUGAGCGUGUCGACCUCUUCACUUAUCUUGGGAGUUUCAUCAACCCUUGUGGCCUAGUAUGUGGCGAAAUCGCAGCACGGAUACAGAAGGCUCGAC